CUCAAAUCUCAUAAUACCAGCUAUUGUGACACAUUAUCUUCUUUGCAAAACAAAGUCUCCAAAUACCUUCAACACAAAAUGGGUUGCGGAUGUGGAACAGGCUCUUGUAGCUGCAACGGCCCUCAGAACUGCAGUUGUCCUAGCGACACCUGCCACUGCACUACCUGUGGCAAGUAAAUCCUUCGUCCAGUGAUGACAAGUGUUUCCGGCAGAGCGUGCGAAAGGACGCCCCCCAACUCUUCCGAAGUUGGGCAAGCCAUAGAAGUCCAACAUCCUCAACUUAAUACGUCAACCAACAAGGUACCGUCGUAAAAGUCUCUUCGAACGAGAUGGCAUCUUCGAGGGUGGAGGAAUGCUCACUUGGGAGAUUGACCUGGUAGGAAUCACAUUGUACUUGAAAAUGGCUUCUUUUCGUUCAUUAUGGCUCUGAGACUUAGCUCGAGAAGUCUGUCAUUUGUAUCUAUCUGUCGGAAGCAGUUCAUUCUUAUCUCUACAGAAUGGAUCGAAUGUUGGACAGUAUCUUCUUCUA